AUGCUUGCACAUGAAGUCAAACAGGAAGAAUUGGUAUUUCAACUUGCAAAUAUUGGGGGAUACACAGCUCCUCCAAGGACAACGAUCUCAUCAGACACAACUGUCACACCUGGAUCCUCUCGUUCCAGAAAAUGGAGCCCAGGAAGGUUCCACAAGAUGGGCAAAUCCAAGAGCCAGCCGCAUUAUCAACUGAGCCCUAGCAGUUACCUGAUGGAGCGAAAAACGUCGAAUGACAAAUGGCACAAUCAAGAAACACCAUGUUGGGUGUCCAAUACCCCAUCUACACCUUGCAGUAGGUCCCUCAGCCUGCUGGAAGUGCCGUUGAGGUCAACGUCGAUCCCACAUCCAGAACUCAAAUUUGAGAAACCUACUCUACCAAGAAGCACUAGCGUACCACAAGACUCCUGGCGAUCUGACCGUUCGAUAAGUUCAAAGAGCACUCCUCCGAGAGUCAAGCCAUUUGACCAACCAAGCCAUGCCAGAGGCAAGAAAUCUUACGUCAACGAACCCUGUUGCUUGUGUCAAGAAUUCAUGUCUUGUCGAACAACGGGUGAGAAGGUUAUUGCACUCGAGUGCGGCCAUUUGGCACAUGAAGACUGUUUGAUGGCUUAUUUCGAGAAUGCUUCAACUAGUCGAAGUGUGGUGGAUAUGUUUCCGGUUUGUCGCAAAUGUGAGGAUGGAGUCCGUUGCGUACCCUGCGAACCUGAUCUUCAAGACCAGUGUAUUUCGCGCGUUUUGAUGAGAGGCAGUCCCUCAACUAAAUCUUUCCCUCCUGUGAACUCUAAUCCGGUGGUUCCCGGAAAUUUUGUUGUCAACCCGCAGAGUGUGGGCCAAUUGGGACCCAACAAGUCUCAGUUUGGCGUGUUUAGAAGAAACGGCUCGUCAAAGAAAAAUGUGAAGGAACUCUCUCUUCAACUCACUCCAUUCGCGAGCUCAUUCAACCCAAAUGGAAGAGGCAGUCUUGUUUCUGGCAUCUCCUCAAUUGUAUCUUCUGUGCCAACCCACAAUUCUUCUGAUGUUGAAGAUGAGUCUCAAUCAUCGUAUCUGGGAAACAACUCUGCGUUGCCACUAACAGUUCUUCGUUCUUAUUAUUCACACAACCUUUUGGAAAGUUUUCCGAAAGAUCUACCGAGCUGGGAGUUGGACUCCAAGUUCGGCCUCUUGCGAAUCGUCGACCGCCUGAUGUUCUCAGAGGAUGGAAAGACUUACCACGAUGCCUGCUGCUAUCUCUUCACCGAUGCGUUAUUGAUCGCUCUCGUGUCACCAACUGUCGACCCCAAAACUCCUGCAGGUAUGCGAUUUGACAAGUUUCUGGUACAUCAUCCAUUAUCUAGUAUCAGUGUUGAUUCGCUCAAUUCAUCAGUACUUAAAUGUACGAUACUGAGUGCCAUGAAGAAUUCGAAAAUAAUGCAAGGGUCGACGUUUUACUUGACGGAAUCGCUUGACUCAGAUAAAAGUCAGGUCGUUGAAAAAUGGAUUUCGGCGCUUUUAAACCAAGGGAUCGUGUUCAAAAGCUCCAACUUUUCCUCGACUCUACCACCUUUGCCAGUAACAACACAUUUUUCUUCUUCGAAGCUGACAGUUCGGAGGGCAGGUAGGAAAACAAUUGAUAUGGACUUUGAAGACGAACUGAACGAUACGGAUAUUAUUGUUCGUAACAGUCUAGUUUUGUUAGACGGAAAAUCUCGCAGAACUACGAUAACAUCUCUCUUGUCAUUGCAGCGCGACCGUCCCAAGAAUCUCGCGAUCGUCCUACAAGUAGAUCUUACACAUUUGAAGGAUACUGACUUUCUUGCGCUCGUGAAUAGCUUGCGCGCCUUGAUAAUGAACAUGAAAGAGACUCAAAUGUGUUUGGUCGAUCCCAGUGGCAGAAUGAUCAAUCAAGGUGUGGCCGAAGAACAGAUCGCUCAACUGAAGAUCUUGAAAAUUGCAUCGCGUACCUCCGAUGCUGAUAACAGACCCAAAUUCUCGCCAACGCAGUUCAAGGUUGCGUGCUGCUCCAAAAUGACCGAUGAUGUCGGCAUCGUUGUUUUCUCCAACACCUCCGUCGAAGCCGGCAAAUCUUGUCUUUUCAUGGACUAUAAGGCUUUCUCAAGUUCCAAUCGAAGUAGGCCACACGAACUCAAAGUACACGUAGGGUUUCUCAAUGUGGAUUAUACGGAUCAAGUAUCUGAGCUGGUUGAAGUCUCCUCGUUUCAAAAUAUUCUGGAAACUGUGUCCUACGGUUUCAACCUUACGUUUGGUGAAGACAACGACGAUUUUGAUGAUGAUGAUGACGAAAGUGAAAGCGGCGAAGAAAUUGAUGCUCAUGAGAAUGACCCUUUGAAAAUGAAUUCCGGACUUUCAAGCAGAAAUCUGUUUGAGCACACUGAUGGGCAAAUCAGAGAUACGAACGAUGGAAAUCGCGAAGAUGAACAAAAUAGUGACCUAGUAGACUAUGAUGCCUACCGGGAAAGUUUGAACACAACUUUGUCAUCGCCUUUAAGCCACAGUAACGGAACGCUGCGGGAGGAGUCGGGUGCUUAUUCGAGUUCUUCGAAGAGGACAACGAGUCACUUUUAUAAGCCCAGAAGCGCAGGCAGCUCCUUCUAUUCACCAAUUUACACCCAAGACUCAAACUUGAAAGACGCCCUACAAGACCAGGUCAACUGGCGUAGGUCCGAGAUACGUUCACUUCAAUUCGAUGGCAACAGUUCAAAAGGGAACUGCGAAAGUUCAUUUCUCCCUCUUGAGGCGGCCCAGGUAGAUGAUUUUCCGGGGUGGGCUCAUUUUGUCGAAGGAUUCAACAAGGUCGUGGAUGAAGCGAUUGAUUGUCAAGUUGAAACCCGCGGCAAUAAGAGAUUAUCUGUCGUUGGCCAUUCAAAUUACGAUUAUAUGUAA